CUCUUAAGUUGCAAUAGACCAAAAGAAACUCGAGCUGAUCGGUUUCUCGGCCAAUUCAUAGCCACAACACUAUAGUCCCCGGGUCCUGAUUAUUUACAAUUUAAUAGCAAAGGCUCUACAGUGUGGCAAAGGCAAUAUCUGCAUUCUUCAUCCCCUCGCUAAGUGUUAUUAACUUUUAUCCGAUACCAUGCAGUCUGUGGAGGUCACAAUCAUGUCGGGUGAGAACUUACGGGUUGGCAAGAAACCCGUCAAAAAGAACGCUUUUGUGUCCUUGAGAGCCGGUUCUUCCGACCAAUGUUGCGAGACCAAAAUGUCGGUUGAGGGCGGAAGUAACCCAACAUGGAGCGAGAAGUUGGUCCUGGAUCUUCCCGCUUUACAUGCCGGGUUUCUCACUCUGGAAGUCCAUUGUAAGGCCGCUUCAGGGAACAAGCUCGUCGGGGGAGCGAGAGUGCCAGUUGCGGACAUUUUCGGGGGCUUCGUGCCAGUAAACCAUCUUCAGUUCUUGAGUUAUAGGUUAUGGGACGCUACCAGCGAAAGGAAUGGCAUCAUCAACAUCUCAGUGAGAGUGAAGUCCCCGGAACCGUACCGGUCUUCGCAGGCUCUGCAGCCGAAGACCUUCGGCAUUCCAGCCAAGGAGGAGAAGAGGCUCGACAGUGUUGUGACCGGAGUUCCGGCAGUUUGGUUCGGUCGUCAUUGCACAUAUUGACCUUUUGGGUUCAAAUAUUCUUUGCCGCCAAUACACACGGCAAUAAUAUUUUAAAUUGUCUACUGGUCUUUUGGCCAAUAAGGACUUUGAAGACGUGAGAAAGAUAGAUUUAAGAAAAAGUUAUAAUUAAGGAAAUACAAUUGCUGAUUCUUUUGGGUGUAUGACAUCCACAGAUAUAAAGUUACAAUGAAUAAGAAAAUAUAUUCAAUUGA